AUGCAAUCCGAUAUUGAUUUGUUAAAACAAGUGAAUAUCAAACUUACGGCCAGAAUCACAGAAUUAAAGCCGAUCGCGAAAGAAAAAGAAAAGGUUGAGAUCAGAAUCAUUGAAUUAAAACAGACUAAAAAGUUAAAUCAGACAGAAAAUGCUGAACUCAAAGCUGAAAUUGCAAAAUUAAAACAAGAUGUAGAACAUGAAUCUAAGAAAAACCGUAAAUUUCAGGAAAAAUGUAUUUUAAUAACUCAAGUAUUGCUGGGAGAAGAGCCAAUUAUCGAAUAUUGCCCAUCUUUUAUGAGGGAAUUAAAACUUGGUGCUUUCUUUCCGCGUCAUCGAAUUGCAUUAGAAAUAUCACAAAACUUUGAGGAUAUUGUUGACCGUGAUUGGAAGAAAAGAUGUCAAUGUCAACUUAAUGGUAUAUACCUUAUUGAA